UGGGAUUAGAUUCGAUUCUUAACCAUCGGUCUCGUUCAUUUCGACUUCACUUUUCGUCCUCUUUCUUCUUCAGAUCAUGUAUGUAUGUCGCUAGUAGACAUGGAUCCAUCAAAUCUCUGAGACACCUGAGCUUGAUGAAUAGCCAUAGACAAAGCUCUUCGAUGCAAAUUCUCUUCAACAGCAAUCAACUUCCUCUGUGAACGAUUCAUUCUCUUGCUUCUGGAUCAAUCUCCUCCACUUCUGAUAACAACAUCUUUCUUCUUCAUGCAGAUUACUCUGUUACCCAUUAUUCACAAAACCCUGAAUUUUGCCCAAAGUGAUUCCAUCAUUGCUUAGCUUUAGCCGGGUUCUUGUUUGGAGCUGUUCCUUAUGCAAAAAAAAUCUGAAAGUUUCUUAGCGAAUUGUUACCUCUAUUAAUUUCAAUGGAACAGAAAUUCAAAACCGAUUCUAUGAAUGAGGACAGAAUCAGUGACUUGCCUGAUGCUUUGCUUCUACAGAUAUUGUCUUCACUUCCGACAGAAAACGCCAUAGCCACGAGUGUUUUGUCUAAACGUUGGAGAUCUCUUUGGACUAUGUUGCCAAAACUCAAGUUUGAUUCCAAUUUCAAUCCUGUGUUUGAUGAUGAUAACAUAGAUCCCACUAUGUUUUCAGAGAAUGUUUACAAGACUUUGUCUUUACAUAAAGCUCCGGUUCUAGAGAGUUUGCAUUUGUCAUUUGAAGGUAGAACAGAUUGUUUGCAUGUUGGAAUAUGGAUUGCAACAGCAUUUGCUCGCGGUGUGCGUAAAUUGGUAUUGGAUAGUUUCUAUCAAGAGGAUCAAACUGUCACGCUUCCUAGUGUUUUGUUUAGCUAUAAUGAUUCACUUGAGAUCUUGAAACUCAAGUGUGCUAUCGAUUUAGACUUUCCUUCUCGGGUUUGUUUGAAGUCUCUUAGAAAGCUAUACCUUGACCAAGUACAUUUCAAAGACGAAGAAUCUGUUUGCAAUCUUUUAUGUGGCUGCCCUAGUCUUCAAGAUUUGGUCGUGCAUAGAUAUAGCAAUGCCGAUGUGGCGACUUUCACAAUUGCGUCGCCGUCAUUACAAAGAUUGACCAUAGAAGAUCUUAGACAAGAAGGAGGUUAUGGAAAUGGAAGCUAUGUGAUAAAUGCCCCUGGUUUGAAAUACUUGAACAUCAACGGGGUUAUUGAUAUUGAGUCUUGUUUGAUUGACAAGGCACUAGAGUUAGAGGAGGCAAAAAUCAGUAACGUUUCUGGUAUAACCAAUGAGAACAUUCUGGAGUCUCUAACUUCAGCCAAACGUCUUAUCUUACACUUAUCACCCCUUGAGGUUAAAGUUCCUACUGGUAAAAUCUUCGAUCAACUAGGCUGUCUAGAGCUACUUACACACGAAAGAGAGUGGUGGAAUCUGCUUUCGAUCAUGCUUGAUAGUUCUCCUAAACUACAAAUCCUCAAGCUCACGGAUGUAUAUCUGCAUGACAACAAAACAAAUCCGGACGAACGAAAAUGGAAUCCACCAAAAUGUGCACCGGAAUGUUUGUUGUUCCAUCUUGAGACAUUCUUGUGGAUAGGAUAUGAAUGGCAACGAGGUGAUGAGAAAGAAGUUGCCACAUACAUCCUAGAAAACGCAAGACGGUUGAAGAAAGCAACUUUCUCCACAAAACGCAUCGGAAGGGAAAAGCUCGAAGAUUUUGAGAAGAGGCGUGAGAUGCUCAACGAGUUGGCUAUUGUGCUCUGGGAUUCAAAUUCAUGUCACCUUGUGUUCGAAUCUACUUAAUAUCUUAGACUUGUAUUUUGUUGGCCAUUGGGAAAUGUUUACUUGGCUGCUCUACCAUAUAUGUUAGAUGCUAAAUGUUUGGUGACCUUUUGAGGAAGAGUAUCAGAAGAUUAUUACUUCUAUACUAGAUAAUAAUCCGCGGUAUAUUGCGGGUUAAAAUCUUUUUAUAUAGUAUAAAGUUUAGAUUUGUUGCCAUCCGAAUAUCUAUUUUUUGAAUAUCUUGCAUCAAC